UUCCAAGAAAAUAAACUUCCGGUUGAAAAAAUAUUUUUACAAAGAUACACAUAAACAAUAAUACAAGGCCAUAAUGUUUGGUGGACAUUUUCACGGAGGCAUGUUCCAGCAUGAUCUACAAGGUUCAUUUAAGACAACGUAUCGCUGUUACUCUGUAUCCAUGUUACCAGGCAACGAAAGACAAGAUGUGGAGAAAGGCGGUAAAAUUAUAAUGCCCCCAUCUGCAUUAGACAAGCUAACACGACUCAACAUACAAUACCCGAUGUUGUUCAAACUGACAAACACUAGAACGAAGAGAGAAACUCAUUGUGGCGUAUUAGAGUUUGUGGCUGACGAAGGCAGGAUCUAUCUUCCAUAUUGGAUGAUGAGGAAUUUGUUGUUGGAAGAAGGAGCCCUCGUUGGAAUCGAAUGCAUCUCACUCCCUGUCGCAACAUUUACAAAAUUCCAGCCACAGUCUACAGACUUCCUGGACAUCUCAAAUCCCAAAGCUGUACUUGAAAAUGCUUUGAGAAACUUUGCAUGUCUUUCUACCGGGGAUAUUCUAGCCAUCAAAUACAAUGAUCGGGACUAUGAACUAUGUGUACUAGAGACAAAACCUGGCAAAGCGGUAUCAAUCAUAGAGUGUGAUAUGAAUGUCGACUUUGCGCCCCCUGUUGGCUAUGAGGAACCCACACGCAAUGCACCCACAGCCAAGACACAUGAGGAGGAAGAAGAACCUGGUGUUGAUAUGACCGAUUAUGUUGAUCCUAAUCAGUUUAAGAUAUUCAGUGGUUCAGGAAACAGACUAGAUGGCAAAAUAAAGAAUACAGAAAGUGCACCAAUUACUGGACAGACAAGUGAAAUAAAAAGAGGAAUUCCAAAUUAUAAUUACAAGAAAGGAAAGAUCACAUUUAUUCGUACCCAGAAAAAGAUAGAAAAUGGAGCUGAUAUGGACAAUGAUGACUUUGAGGCAUUUUCAGGAUCAGGACAGUCUUUACGCAAGACUAAAGGACGGAAGUGAAAAAUGAACUUCUAAAUAAUCAGGACAUGAUUGAGACUUUUUGAAGGAUAUUUUCACGAAGGCUUAACCCACUGACCUUCUAUUUUUAUCAACAAGUCAUUUUCAUUAGGCUAGUAAUGUAAAGGACUAGGAGAAAUUUUGUCACACUGUACCAUGCGUGUGUACUUCAGGGAAUUUCAAUGUGCUAUUAAUGUGAUAAUGGCAAAAUAUUACAAGAUUUAACGCCAGAACUGCAAAAUUGAAUACAGAAAAAAUGUUGAGAAAUUGGCAAUUGAAUUUGAAGAAAUCAUAAAUCAG